AGAGUUAUGAAAAUGGAGUUAAUUUUUUUUUUGACGUAAAAAAUAUAAUUGUUAUUAUAAGAAUAUAUUUUCAUAGUUUCAGUUAGAAAUUACUGUAAUUCCCAUUUACGACCAUGCUCAUAAGUAAAAAAAAUAGUCACUGAAAAUCAGUGGCACUGUAUACUCGAGAUAAAGUUAGCGUAAUAAACAUAAAGAAAUAAAAAACUUUCUUAAAUAACUGCUGAUUAGAAAACCUAAUUAAAGUGUUGUUGAUUUUGUUAUUUCACAUUCUGCACAGGCGAUUUAAAUAUCGAGUUCAAGAAAUGCAUUCAGUAAUCAAAUUUGUUUAAACAGAAAAGUCACGGAUACUGAUGAUUUUUCAAUCAAUAUGAAAUUUAUAACGUUAAUUUUUCGUAAUUUAUUGUUCUACAGUAUAAUAUUAGAUAGAAAUUCAGUAAUGUCUGAACGUUUGUCUGCGAGUAGCCGUGACGUAAUAUCAAUCAUAAUACCAGAAGAUCCAGACGAUAAUUUAAAUAUUGACCAACUGACAUUGGACUUUAGACGUCAACUUGGACGACUUAUACAACGAAGUCGCUUUAAUAAACUAGAAAACAACCGUUUUCGCUAUGCGCCAAAUGAUACAAAAACGUUGUUAAAAGAAAAGAAAACAUUAAAAGACCAUCGUCGAAAAUUAAACAUCAACAGAUACUUAAUUUCAAAAUUUGAUCGAAGAACUGAUAGUCGUUAUAAUAGACAAGGUAAAAAGCAACCAUUUUAUCGUAGUAAUUUAUUGAAACGUUUAUCGUCAAAAAGACGAGGUAACGUUUUGCAGAAUAAACAAAAGAUGCGAGAAAAUAAAUGGAGGCAUAUAAAUAACUUCAGUCAAAGUAAUUUGGUCAAUAAUAAUAUCAAUAAAAAUAACCGAAGCUCAUUAGAUGUUAUUAAUGUGGAAAAUAAUUCAGUAAAUAAAAGAAAUUCUUUUACGUUUAAUUACCGCAAACGAAAGUUACAAAGUAACAAAGUAUUGUCGAAUAACAAAGUCAACAAUUAUAUGAUUUUGAAUCCUGAGGAUGUAGAAUUUAGUACCUUGCAAAAAAGUAAUUCCAUUCCUGAUUGUUUAAGAAAAAUCGAUGAAAACGGUAAGGAAUACUUAUUAUGUUUUAAUGGGUCCGCGAUUAAUUUAUCUGAAACAAUAAUGAGAACUAUCAACAAUAAAGAUUAUAUUUAUGAUAGAAAGAAUAAUGUUAACACUAAUAAUCCGUCAUUGAAUAAUGAUAAAUCUCAAAAAAAAGUUUAUCCGAUAAAUAUACAGGUAAAUGAUUAUAAAGAAAUUGAAAAAAUUCUACAAAAUCCAGAGACCGUUUUGAAGCGUAUAAAUCCGUUAGAUAUAGAAAAAAAUAAUAAUAUUAAUAUUAAUGAAAUUAAUAAUAAAAAAAGUAGAGGUACUCAAAUAGAUGAUAAUGCCGAAAAUAAUGAUAUAAUCAAGUUGAAGACAUCAAAUAGUCAACAAUUAAAAACAGACGAUUAUUCAAACGAUCCAGUGAGUGAUUUCCUAUCGGAUAAUGCAAGACAUUAUGAUUCAAUUAAUAAUCAAGAGAUUUAUCUACGGAAUGCUUCACAAUUAUACUUUGAUAAUGAAAAUUUUCCGCUAAGAAUUUCAAGAUCUGUUAGUAAUAAUCAAUUUUCAAAAACACCAACGAUUCACGCACGAUAACGCAGUGACAAAUUAAUUAAACAUAAAUUACCUGUAAAAAAAAUUUUGGACUGUUG